AUGUUAAUUCGACCUACUACAUUUCCUUUAUUUCUCAAUGUUUCAAGGGUUGUGAAUAAAAUGCACAACAUGAUAGUGCCAGUUCUUUGGUUCAAUGAAACAGUUCUUUUCGACAGUGGAACUCGCGAUAAGCUGAGAGUACUUGCUGUUAUACAAAAGACGACAUAUAUUGCGGGAAUCGUUCUGACUUCUCUUGGAGCACUGUUACUAGUCUCAUUGGGACUGGCUUCAGUAUAUAGUCGAUAUUAUAAAAAGCGCUCCGAAGAAGAGGAACGUUUAAUCGACAACGAAGAGUCAGGCAAUGAUGACUCUGUGACUAAUGCUUCCCCUUCAAAUUUCACUGAUUCAGUGUCAGACCGCCCUCCAGUUAUAAUCGAGCCGCAGGCCAACACUUAA